AUUGAUUGGGUUUUUGGCAAAUUUCCUGAGGUUUUAUCGUUUGGAAUGGAAAAUAGGCUGAUACAGUUGAUGAGUGAAUUUAGGGAUUUAGGUUAUAGUCGGGGUGAGGUUAAGAAAGGGAUUGUAAGAGACCCGAGAGUUCUUGGGUUAGAAGUAGGAGAGCUUUCUCAAUGUUUGAGGAUGCUGAGGAGUAGGGGUUGUCGACUUUCAGUAAAAGAGGAGAUAUUUAAGGAACGAACUUUUAGGGCCGGGUAUGAAGUGAAACUGAGGAUUGAUUGCCUAUGCAAAUAUGGAUUGAUACGCAGAGAGGCUUUUAGUAUUAUUGGGAGGGAACCAAGGGUGAUUUUAUAUGAUGUAAAGGAAAUUGAGAAGAAGAUUGAUUUUUUGUUAAAUGAGAUGAAAUUUGAUGUUCAGUGGCUACUGGAUGUUCCAGAGUAUCUGGGAAUCAGUUUUGAGAAACAGAUUGUUCCGCGGCACAAUGUCAUUGAGUAUUUGAGAUCGAUAGGCGGGCUUGGUGAUGAGGUGGGAUUAAAGUCUUUAAUUAAGCUUACUAGAUUAAAGUUUCACAAUUUAUAUGUGAAGCCAUACGCAGAGUGUGAAAAAAUAUAUGGAAGAUUUCCAGAACAAGUUAACCAAAAAAAUCAGCAUCCUGUCGGGAUGUGGAAACUUUUUAAACCACAGAAGUAUCCACAGUCCAAGGAAGAUGCAAAAAACAUAAGGUCUAUGGAACCAGGAAAACUGAAAAAGUAGUCUCUCCAAAUUUGAAGGGACAAAUGCCGCAUGGAAGCUUCAUUUCAACAUUUUGAAGGGGAGUUAACAACAUGAAGUGGCUGGAAAAUGCUGUUUUGCCACCCUACUAUUCUGCUAAUUAGUGGUGACUGUUUGCAUAUAUUGCAAGUGAUCAUUAUUAGGCAUGCUAACAAAAUUUAUCAUGAAAUCCAGUACUCUCGACAGCAUAAUGCAUAUCUUUAGUUCAGUACUAAACCAAUGCAACCCUAUCCAUAGUUUUUAUUUGGUGAUGAAGCAAACAAGCAGUAACGAAAGAUUAUUGACGGAGGAGGGAAUCUCUCUUUAGACGAUUACGGACGACUGUGUGAUUGUUUUCUCCCAAGCUGGAUGACUCAAGCUCACAAUUGACAGGAGAAGAAUGUGGAAGCCUGUUUGAGACUUUCCUUUGAUGUAGUAACAAUAGCUCUGUAUAGUCAUAUAUGUAUACGGUGUUAGCCUGGCUAUUUUUGUAUUAGUCUUACUUCGUGUAUAGUUUUAGGAUAAUAUUUGGAGAGGAUCAUGGCAAGGGAGCUGAUAGAGCAUUUCUUUUUAUAGUCUGCUUCUUUGCAGAUAUGCUUUUGGUGCUCCUUCCGGAUUUUAUAUAUGUCCUGCCUUGUUAUCAAAAAAAAAAGUUGU